GACCAAAUUUGUUCGUAAGUCAUUACCGAUAAAAGUACCUUUACCCAUGCGCUUUCUGCUCCGGUAGAGGUUUAAAAAAGAUAUCAAACAAAUUUCAUCAUGGAACAUUAACAACAAUAUUUUUUAUUGAACUUUACAGGUAACGCGUUGAAAAGAAUCCUUUUCCUUUCUUCUUCAAGUUUAAAUCCACAUGCAUUCUUGCCAUCCAUAACAAAAGAAAGGAGAGGAAACAGUUUCAAUGCCUAAUGUCUCAUAACAAACCUGAACCACUAUUUUUUAUGUAACGACAUUUUUAAGCUUUUUAAAAAUAUAGCAAAUACCGUGACAGCCCCUUUGAAGAGAGUAACCCGAAUACAAUUUGAUUUUUUCGUUUUUUUCUGAUAACUGAACCUAUUUUUCGUGGAUUCUCCAGGCCUUUCUUAGUCGAGAAGACUGCAACCCCGACAUAACUGGGAAAGCAUCUCAGACACCACUUCACAUCGCAGCUAAGAUGGAUAAAGUUUCUAUCUGCAAAGUUCUGGUGAGUGGCAAAUUAGGUAUUGUAGGUUUACUGUACAAGUACGUUCCGAAGAUGUCAAAAGCUUCGUGUAGCCUGAGAAAACAGGUAUCCCACAUUUCGCAACGUCACCACUGGUUCCCCUGAAGUGACGUCUGAAGGAAGAACGCAAACAUGCAUAUUGGUGACGUGUUACUUGUCUCUAACCAGAUAUGGGUAGUGCUUCUUACUGGUCAUUCCGCGAAGGAAAUUUGCCUCAGCAAAUCAGACGCAUUACCCAUAUUUGGGCAGUGACACGUCCGUCAGAUGGAAUUUCUUCACUCGUUCCUUAACACGUGGUGGCGUUGCGUAAUGUCGGCUGCUUUCUCAGGACGGUUAGCUAGCGGAAAGUCGUCUAGGUAUUCAAAAAAAAUGCAAGCAAGCAUACAAAGCUAAUCUCCCCAUCGCGCUUUUUCCCGCGAAUACAAUGCAUAGAAAAUGAAACAAUUUCUGACUUUUGCUGUGAAAAUGCUUGCCGAGAGUCUCUUUAUUUUAAAUCACUUAGAAGCAUAAAUAAAAUGGUUUCCACCUCCUGUAUUUACAAGAUACUAAAAUUCACGCAUAGAUUCAGUUUUGAAUAGCGCUGUUCCUCAGUUGUCUGAGAUACUUUCCCUUGGGAGUGAUCAAAUCGACAGAGUUCUCCAAGCUAAAAGAGGAGAGAUAAAAUUUUCUUGUCUCCCCUCUUACUUCCUAUUUAUUUGGCUCUUGCUACAACCAUCCCGCAAGUCUCAAACAUAUGUCUUUAUUUAGAUCGAUCACGGUGCUUCUCCAGACUGUCGUGAUGACGAAGAAAUGACACCGCUGACACGAGCCGUGGAACAAGGAGCCUGCAUUGCUGCGGAGUUUUUAUUUGAGGACGGUAAGCAGCUCAGUAAAAGAAAACGUUACGUGAUUAACCAAGCAUUCUUCAGUCCGUAAAUAAGAAUUAACUAUUGUGAUGACAAUUUUUGGCUUUUCCACAGUCAUUUACGUGGAACAAAAGCGCUCGCUUUCAAAUGGCUGGCUAAUGUUUAAUUCAGCCUGCAUUGAAAGUGAAAAAAAUCCUUUUCAGCCCCAAAGUGCCAGUGCAGCCAUACAGGUUGAAAUCUGAUUCAGCCUCUCCUGGAUCCAUUUGAGCUUGAUUUAAAUUCCCAUCAAAAGCCUAUUUCAGACCAUGCUGGGAUUCAUCUCAGCCUGUGGGUGGGUAACUGGGCUGUAGAGACCCUGAUUAAGGGGGCCAAAUUAGACCCCAAAACAAGACUGUUUCUGGCCGAAAUAGUCCCGUUUUAAGGGAUAAAACAGAUCGUUCUUGUUUACAAUAUAGCAUUAUCUGAAGAUCUACAUGACAGUGUGUAGCCUCGGGGUACACAGACCUUUUCAUCAUUUAUUGUCAGACACCAACGCUGCCAAAUCCCAGUUCGAGAGACAAUUGUGAAAUGAUUCCUGAUAUAAGAUUAUGAGGGUUAUCUUUAAACAAAUUUUCCUUCUAUAACAUUACUUCAAAGGUUGGUAGUCGGGAUUUUACUAUUUUAUUUGUUGUAUUGAUAUAUCUCACAUAUUGGGAAAGAUUUGCAUUAAAAUCUUAAAGGUGAUUACGGUACUUAUUUACUUAUAUUUGCUUUGUUCAAAGCUAAAACAAGGGAGAAAGAAAUGGUGAAGGAAGUGCUUACUAAUGUUGACUCUGACGGCAGUACUUUGCUCCACUUAGCAGUCGACAGUGAAAGUUGUGCGGUGAGUAUUUUUUUUACUAAGCAAUUUUCUUUUAACUGCGAUUCCUCCUUGCGUUUAAGGUUGAUCGUUUGACCCUUCUACUUCGCUUCGUUUCAGGUGGUGAAACUUUGUCUUAAAAAUGGAUCUAUCAUUCGACAGCCAAAGGUAAUUGGCAAAGAGUGACUAAACAAGUCUUAGCACAGUAAUUCAUUGAUACGUUUAACUUUGAUAAUAUGCCCCUUUUAGUAAUUCGCUGCUUAGCCUAUUGUGAAUAAUAAACAGAAAAAAAUAAUAAUAAAAAAAGACUGAAAAGAAGUAAAAGGAGCGCCGGCGAGAGAGUAGGAAAACCCAUGAUCCCAUCUUCGUACUGCGCUUUGUUCGUAGGGGGACAUGCACUGCGUAGUUUAGGGGGACACUAUUUUCACGUCUCCCCGGAAUCAGCUUGUCUUAGAAUGGUUAAAGAGGAAUCUGCCAAAAUAAGUUGGUGUUUUUAGAAGAUGUUUUCUUAGUACAAGUUUGUUAAAUGGAAUGAGUUCUGUUUAAUCAUUGAUUCAGGAUCAUGACAGGAGCACUGCAUUUCACUUGGCAUGUGCUGUGGGAGCCCUGGAGAUAGUUAAGCUGUUUGCAUCUAAGGAUCCAAAAAUUUGUCGAAUAACCCUUAUCGAUGCACAAGGUUGGACUCCAUUACACCUAGCAGCUCUCAACAAUCACCCAUAUGUCUUAAAGUACCUUUUGGAACAGGUUAGUUCAUGAACACAGAGUGAUAAUGAUGUUGAUGAUACAAUGAUAAUGAUGAUGAUGAUGAUGGUUAUGGUGAUAAUGAUGAUCAUGAGCAUGAUGAUGAUGACGAGGACGAUGGUGGUGGUGAUGGUGAUGAUGAUGGUGAUUGUGAUGAUGAUGAUGAUGACGAGGACGAUGGUGGUGGUGGUGGUGAUGAUGAAGAUGAUGAAGAUGAUGAUGAUGAUGAUGAUGAUGAUGAUGAUGAUGAUGAUGAUGAUAAUGAUGAUGAUGAUGAUGAUGAUGAUGAUAAAAUGGAGAAGGCAGAGGAACAAGAUGGCGAUGAACUAUGGUGAUAUUUGCGGGUAGAGCUCCAGAUGAACAAGCGAACUUUGGAAAAGUUGAUUAAAGAAUACAGAGAAAUCUAAAUUUUUGGUUAUGCUCUCGUGAAGCUAAUAUCUAUCAUCUAACAUGAUUUUUAGGGCGCCUUGGUAGAUCCACGUGACAAACUACGUCGCACCCCUCUCUUCUUAGCAUCUGAAAAUGGUGGAACGGAGGCUGCCAAGGUUUUGAUUGACAAUGGUGCUAACGUAACUGCCAAAGACGUUGAUCUCCGGUCCUGUGUCAGAGUAGCUGUGGGACAUACUGCCACAAUGGCAGUGUUAUUAACGGUAACGUAAUGAAAAGAAUAAUUAUCAGUAACGGGAAACGUAACAAAUAUUAAGAAAAUGACAACACCAGAGUAGGAAGAACAUGUAAAUUACGCCUAAGAUUAGAUUGAGGGUCUCUCCAGAAUUUUCAUUAACAGUACAGUCGUAGAAGAUGCGACAAAAUUAGUAAUUCAAGAAAAUAAAACAAAUAUACUCACUGUUGUGAAGAAAAUUUCGGACAGUGAAAAAGAUCUGGUGUUUGGAUAUGAUAAAAAACAACCCUUCCUGCCUUUUAUAUCUCACUUUCAUUCACCAUCACAUUUCCUGCGACAUAUUUCCAUUAAAUUUCCAUUAAUGCAUUCAACUGUAUUUCUUCUCGUUGUUAAAAUUUGAUAUGCGAUGUUAAACACGCCGUAUUAAACCCCUUUCUUUACCUAUCAUUGUCUUCCUUCUUCGGUUUAAUUCAAGAAAAGACAACAAAUAAACUCACUGUUGUGAAGAAAAUUCGGACAAUGAAAAAGACGUGGUGUUUGGGUAUGAUGUAUAACGACCCUUUUUGCCCUUGAUAUCUUAUUUCACAUUUACCGUCAUAUUUCUACAUAUGGAGAUAUUUCCAUUUCAUUUCUACCAUUGCUUUUAAUUGUAUAAUAACUUCUUGCUGUGAAAUCUUGAUAUGGGAUGUUUAAAAAUACGCCGUAUGAAAUCCCUUUCUUCACUUAUUCCUGUCCUCCUUCUUUGGUUUGAAAAAUUUCUUGUCACAUAGUCUGUAUGAAAGACCACUUCCUUUGUCUUAAAUAUUAUUUUGCAUUUAAUAUCGAUGGUGACGAAUUACUUCUUUAUUUUGGCGCGAAAUUUCAGCGUUGAUUUAUUAUUUCACUUGUGAAUUUUCAAAAUUGCCAUGGCAACGUUCCGUGGUUGGCAGUGACAAGAUGGCUGCAAAGUUUUAAAAUGUUGUGAAUGAAGACGUCAGGGCAUUAAAAGGCGCUUUGGAAAACCUAAACACACGAAAGAGAAUAUCGAAGAAGGAUUCUAUCAGGUAUUGUUCCGAAAAAUUCUGAAAUUCUUAACUUAAGCCAAAAUUCAAACUCUAAAGUGUUCAUUGCGUGAUAAACAACGUCAAAAACCUAUGAUUGCAAACGUGAUUUGCCACCCAUGAUAUUAAUAGGUAAUCACAUGGCCUACUCGCAAAAAUUAGGGAACAAUUUCACUUGCGUUUUGUCCAAAUCCUUAUGUUACGAUUAGGACAAAACGCAAGUGAAAUUAUUCCUUAAUUUCCCUCGUCACCAUUUGAUUACACUUACUUUCCACUAGAGAUAUACACAACCCAUUUGACCGUUAUCACGUUUAAGUCUAAAGGCAAACGAGAAUUUUAAGACAGGAAUCCGGAAACGGGAUCAUGGUGACGGAAACGGAAAGGGUGAACGGAUUCUGGGAAAGAGGGAUCCAAAAUAAGUCUGGUAAUAAUAGUAAUAAUAAUAAUAAUAAUAAUAAUAAUAAUAAUAUAAUAAUAAUAAUAAUAAUAAUAAUAAUAAUAAUAAUAAUAAUAAUAAGCACAAGGAAGGGCAAUAUCCAAAGCAGGUGCUUGAACAUGAAAGAUCUAAAGCCAAAAAUUCAAUAUCCAAGAAUGCUACUAAAUUCAAAAGGGAAGUAACAAUGCCAGAGAUUGAGAACAGAGUAGAUAAAUCUGCCUCUUAAAAUGCUAAAGCCCUGAAACACGUGUUUAAGUCCAGGAUGAAGUCAAUGAAAAAAGAAAAGUGGAAAAACAAAGCAUUGCAUGGCCAGUAUCCAAAGAUCCUAGAGAAGCCUCAUGUAGACACAGUCACUACCAAGAAAUGGUUGUCAAGUAAUUUGAAAGGAGAAACAGAGGGACUACUUGUCGCAGCUCAAGACCAGGCAAUAAACACCAGAAACUACCAGAAAGUAAUAUGUGGCCAGCAAGUGGAGAGCAAAUGCAGAUUGUGUUCGCAACAUGAAGAGACAGUGGACCAUAUUAUAUCUGGAUGUGAGGUAUUAGCCAAAACAGAGUACAUCUCCAGGCACAAUAAUGCUGCAGCAUAUCUCCAUUGGAGCAUAUGUAAAGAUCAUGAUAUAGAGAUUGCAGACAAAUGGUACGAACACGAACCAGACACCAUGAUACACAAUAAAGAUAACAACAUCACCAUCAUGUGGGACAUGCCAGUCAAUACUGAUAGAACUAUAACAGCGAACAGACCAGAUAUCAUCGUUAAAGAUUCAGUGAAUUCCACCUGCAAACUUAUUGAUAUGACUGUUCCAUCAGAUAGAAACAUCGCACUAAAGGAAACUGAAAAAAAAUGCAAGUACAAAGACCUAGAACUAGAAAUACAGAGAAUGUGGCAUAUGAAAACCGUAGUGAUCCCUGUGGUUGUUGGUGCGCUUGGUACAGUGAAGAAGGGUAUGGUAGAAAACAUCAAGAAAGUAUCAGAGAGAGCUAGUAUGACAGAGAUUCAAAAGAUCUGCAUGCUGGGAUCUGCACGAAUCCUUAGAAAGGUGCUCAGUGUAUGAACAGAAUGAUUGACUUGAGUGACUGACGCUCUAGGUGCAUGGUUUGCGCCCGGCUGAUGCGCAAAAAGAACACCAGCAAAGACUGUGAUAAUAGAGACAAUAAUAAUAAUAAUAAUGAUAAUAAUAAUAAUAAUAAUAAUAAUAAUAAUAAUUUGCGCCCGAGUGAUGCACAAAAAGAACACCAGCAAAGACUGUGAUAAUAGAGACAAUAAUAAUAAUAAUAAUAAUAAUAAUAAUAAUAAUAAAUUAUAAUAAUAGUAAUAAUAAUAAAUAACGAGAUAAAACAACGACAUGAGACUUUAAAUUUUCCUGGUCAGAGGAGACUGCUUUACUGAUGAUUAGAGGACUGGAGUUGAUUUCAGUGAAAAUGCACAUCCCCAUGUGACAGUAAAGAUGAUAAAGAUGGCUGAGAGUCCUGAGACAUGAAAAAAAUAUAUAUUUAUUUAGUAAAUCCGUCGGACAAAUUUCAUUCAAACCUUGGACAAAGCGCGCGAAAAGACUUACGUUAGUAAUGUCAUGCAUUCGCGUUAUAAGAAGGCGUUCACAGUUUUGUAUUCUUCGAGUUGAAUAAUAAAUAUAUCUCAUCGGAGGGUUUAGUGUGUUGUAUCGUGUAUUUUAUUCACUCUUCGGGCUUGCCAAAAAACAGCGUCACUAGUAAAAAUAGGAUACUGCACCCUUAACCCUCCAUCCAUAAAGGUGACAUAAUCAAGAAUAUAUUUAAGGGAAGCGCAAGGACAAACUAUAACAAAAUCUUUUUGGAUUCUUAAAUUAUGGGUUUUGAACUUCUAAAUUUUCCUAUUACUGAUUCCGUUUCCGUUUCCGUUUCUGGAUUCCGGACACCAUAUCAUGUUCUAGUGCUGCCAAAUUUGUACCAUGUGACCAAUUUUCCCCUUUACUUGUCGUUCACUGUUCAAUAUUUUAACACAUAAAUUAGUAGUUUCACGCGAUUUUUUAUCCAUAAGAAUUGAGCUGUUUUUAUCUGCUCAUUUUCUAUUUUGGGAAAUUCAAAACUUGAACCUGACGUUUGCCGUAUAUGUGAUGCUUGAACUCUCUAAUUACUUUUUUUUUUCCUAGAAACGGGAAGCUAUACCACUAAUAACUGACAAGGAUAUCACGGGGUUUGCACCAGUCCACUAUGCUGCAAAAUACGGCAAUCUUCAGGUAAGAAUCUGAGCCAGAGCCUUUGUUAUCUUCAAUGGCCAAUCAACGGUGAAGAUAUCGAUUUACGUCACCCAUUGAUCCUAAUGUGCCAAUAAGGGGCCUAUAGGCUGCUAUAAUACAUAUUUUUGUUUUUUCUUGAUGGCCUGCACCUUAAUGAACCUUAAAUGAUAAAUAAGGUGGGUACUACACGUCGAACUUUACCAUCCGACGAACCAGCUUGCCAUUUGGGUUUACCUUAUUGAGUUAAGUUCGACUGCUGUGUAAAACUUCUAACUCAAUUGCAACUUAGCGCAGGUCAAAAUAGGUUAAACCAAAUAUAUGGCGCGAAACAGUUGACAUUCGUAACUUGAGAACCAUUCUUUGAUUCAUCUGAGUAUUUGCACAAGCUUUUCUUAUUUCCCAUAGAACAUCUUACUGUUUAUGAAGAGAAAUAAGGCCGCUACUAUUGUGACGUCAGAUGCACUGGACACAGCUCUUCACGGCGCCGCCAGGUAUUCUCUCCCCAUAAUACACUAUGUCCCACAUACUUUUCCCUAAACUUUGCAUAAACUCGUGGUUUAAAACGCUCUUGGAGGGAUUGUAUAUUCCCGUGGGUAUUUGAAAACAAUAUACAAAAUUUGGGGAGUUAACAGCGUGUAUUACGGGUGAUACGAAAAGAAUCAAUCAGUCAUUUUGAAGACCGACCUAAUUAGGGAGUAGAGGUUAAGUCUAUUUGCAUGGCUAUAGAGUGAGUAAACAAUGUCAACGUAACGUACGCAAACACAGAUCAAGAAAGGAUGUAUUUUAAUUGAUGAAACGUAGCAAUUUCAGUAUACACACGAAAAAGAGAUGAACAACAUCAUUUUUGUAUUCAACUAGGUCUGGAAUAUUUUGUGCAGAUGUUCAAUGCAACACUUUCCAAAUUUUUAUUUGAUGAUUAAUAUUUUUUUAGAUAUGGUUGGCUAGAAAUAGUUGAUGCUUUAUUAUCCGGCCGGAAUGUUCGUUCAAUCAAUGUGAAAAACAAUCAAGGAAAGACAGCUUUGCAUUUCGCAUGCGCUGAAGGACAUGACCAAGUUGUUGAACUCCUACUCAAGCUUGGUGCGACUGUGCAAAGGUGACCUUCUAUUUAGUAUCUGUUGAUGGUAGUUCUAAGUUAUAACUUAGAUAUAAACCUAUAACCUAUUAGCUCAGUUGGUAGAGCGCUUGACUAAAGAGCGGGAGGUCGCGGGUUCGAUUCCCGAGGCCAGACCAACACUCAGGGUCUUAAAAUAACUGAUAAAUGAAGGUACUACCCUUGCACUGCAAGGGGCUAGACCUUGACGUGACUCCGAUGACCAAGUAAAAUGGCGGUCCCCUCUCCAGGAGCCGUAAAAAUAGUGUCCCCAAUUAGUAUAAAUAAAUCGUGCUAAAUACAUUAAUAUUCAGAUAAAGUGCAUUUUUUAACGUCUUCUUAUCCAUUUUACGCUUUCAUUGUUGUUGGAGCUCACGCCACAUUUCAUUUGCAAGCGGGUAUUCUUUCGUCCUUUACUUUGUAUCCUUCCUGAGAUCAUCCUGAGUGGCAGGAAUUUAGCCUGCAUCUAUACUGUAACUACAAAGGGGAGAAGCUGUUAAAUCACUGAAAAAUAUUAUUAAUUAGGGGACCCAAGCAAGUUAUUUUUACUUCAGUAUGGCAUGAAAACCGUCUGUCAAACAAAAUUUCCUUGGAAUUCUUAGUGCAUGCGUAACGCGAUAUUCAAUAAUAAUAAAUGAUACCUGAAUGGAAUAAUUCAAAUGGUCCAGAAGGAAAAUUGUUGGAACUCAUAUUAAAGCAAGGUGCGCUAAAGGACUACAAACAAACCUCUUGUUUUAGCGAUGGGUUUGGAUGAAUUUUGCUCGUAUAAUGGCUUAUUCUGGCUGCCAGCAAUUCUUGUAAAAAUUCUCCUCGAGUUCUGCUCAGUAUCUAAAAUGUUUUCGGUCCUUUUGUCCACUAGCAUUUUCACAAAAACGAAAGGAAGCCCGGACUCCUAAAUACUAAUUAGAAUAUAAUUACGUUAAUCACAAAAUCUCUCGGUUUGUUAUUUUUGUUGUUGUUUUUUUUUUGCAAUUUUGUUACAAAUAUUACGUGAUUGAAUAGUGAUGCUUUUUCUCUGAUUUUGCUCUCAAAUUAUACUCGAAAAUGCCUUACUAUGCCGGGAAAGUGCUAGCUCAUUCUGCUAGGUAUUCAGUGCCAGAUGCAGUAAAAUUUAUCCAAGCCUACACCUUGCGAAGUUAUAUAUAGGAUUCCUGGUUUAAACAUACCAGUCAUUUGUGUUGUAACUUCAGUGAUCAUAGCGACAGAACAGCCCUUCACGUUGCUGCUAUGAGAGGAUCUACGCAAUGUGUCAAGUAUCUGUUGCAGUAUCAACCUCAAUGUAUUAACCACUUGGACAAACAUCAGGUGAGUGAUGUCCGAAUAUUUUUCUAACUAAACAACAACAACAACAACAACAACAACAACAAGGACAUGUGAUCGACUCCACCUAAAAGCCAAACCUAAAAGCGGAGCUCCUGCUAAAUACGAACCAUUAUUUGUUUGAAACAAUAAAUUUUUUGCCAUUGCAAUCGAAAUUUAUUCAUCUGAAAUACACACAAAACGAACUUCAAAACACGAUCCAAAGUAUAAUUAACAACUUCUAUAAAUAUCAAAAUUAUAUGUACCCUUUAUUUUCCUGCAUGAGCCAAUGUUUCGGCCCUUUUAGAGAUUUAAUAACCGGAGGUAUCUUUUGACAGCUGCAACUGACUUAUUGUGGCUAGCAUAUUUACCUGUAGUUUGCUACACAGCCGUUUUUAGUGUCGUCACGCAACGAGGAGCGUUGCGUGACGACACUAAAAACGGCUGUGUAGCAGACUAUAGUCACUUGGGAGCUUCAUCGAAUUGUUAAUUAUGUCUCUUGCAUAAAACUUCAGCGAGAUCACGGGUGACUAACUGAACCGAUGGUUAUCUCAACAUAUUUGAACAUAAAUUGACGAAGGAACUUUUUUUCAUUUAGAACACUGCAUUACAUUUGGCUGCUAUUCACGGUCAUCCGGAUAUAAUAUCCUGUUUAUUGGCUUGUAAAGAACAAGAGAUCCUCCAGAACAAUAAAAAUCAAAAUGCGUUGGACGCAGCCAUGGAGGCCGAAAGGAAAACUUCCUUACUCGCGAUUGCAAGUCAUGAAAGGUGAGCAAGCAUUCUUUUUCAUUAUUAGAUAAUUGAAAAUCUAAUUAAAAAUAAAAGGCAUCAUCAAAUUAUGUUCUUGUUUUUAUUCAAAUUUAGUAAGUUUCAAUUUAAGAUACCUUGUGGAGGAACAGUUACUUGUGGUAAAAAGCUACAACUCGCAUUUAAAACGGAAAAUAAUUUUCGUUUAAGAAAAUUGAGACUAUAAACGUUCAUACGUUUCCUUGGUCCAUUGAGUGUUUUAAAAACAGUGGAAUAAGAAGGGAAGAGAGCCUGGGAGGUGUAGAGAGUGGGCCAUCUUUUACACUUGCAUCGACUGCUCUCUCUAGCCACGCAAGUAUCUGUUGUAUAGACUACGAGCCAAACAGCUUUCCUACUUCAUACACUGGUAGUAAGAUUUUACACUCUUUUUUUCUGCAGAUGGAGAGAGUUGCUAAUGUCAUCGGCCCCAGGUCACCUGUCACAGAUGCAAGUUCUAGUCGUCAAAUUUCCUGAAGUUGCAACGGUAAGAAAAGUGGUCAUCCUCACUGGAUUUAAUGUAGGCUAAAUUUAAUAACAUGAUGAUAAUAAUAAAUAUAAUAAAAAUAGUAAUAAAUAUAAUAAAAAUAAUAAUAAUAAUGGUAACAAUAAUAAUAAUAAUCAGGGCUCCUUUUUACGAGUAUUUAAAGCUACUUAAAGCUACACGGAAAGGAAAGAAGUCGAAAGAAGGAUUUGUGGUCGCAUCUGGGAAUCGAACUGGGGACGUUCCGCACAGAAGGCCGCGAACUAACUAACUGCGCUAAUUCUCCUUCCUAAGGGUUGAUUUCCAGUGUCGCGUAUUUUUUACUUGCGGACGUGCGUAAAAUUUACGUUUGCAAACAAAUAAAAGGCAAUGCAUGAAAGGUCGCUCGUAAGCGUAAAAGUUGAACCUCGCUCAACUUCUCGUUGAAGCUCAGUACUUUCUAUCUUGCGUCUCUUUUAUUUACGUGAUUAAAAUUUACGUGCGUCAACCUGCAUAGCCAAAACGCGAUAGUGGAAAUCAAUCUUUUAGGAGGGAAAAUCAUUGUUUGUGCAUAAUUUUUUUUUACAGAAGUCAAUGAAUUAGGUGUUGACAGUAGUUAGAUUACGAAGAAAUAAAUGAAAUAAAUACGUCUUGUAUUCAAUUUUAAGAGGGGUCGAAGUCACGUCAGUUUGCAUCGGGCCAAAAAUAAAAUUAGUUUCGAAGGCCCGUUCCAUUAUGAUAAUAUUUUCAAUAAAUACGUCUUUGCUUAAGCGUACUUGAACUAAUAAUUUAUAGCUCAUGCAACACUUUUCUCCCCUGUAGCGUUUUUUGGACCAGUGCAUACUCAAUGAAGGGAACCCCGAUGGCGAAGAUUACACAGUAAGGGUUUAUUUGUAACCUCAAAAGCUUAGUCAUUAGCCCGGAUAUAAUGCUUGCUUCGUUUCAUUGCUUACUAAAAAUAAAGAUUAAUUGAGGAAUAUAAUACUUUAGACGUGAUCCCGACAAUUAAGAUCUCCUCCGUACAGAUUAUCCACUCAAGAUCGAAUCUAAGACAACACUUCGUGGAUGACCAAAGUAAUGUUCUUAGUUAUUCUUUUACUUCCUUGCUACGGAGUCAGUAUCAGUAAAUUAUUGUAAAGUAACCGAGCCUUUAACUCUGCCGCUCUCAAGUCCUCAUAAAUCUUAACUUUUCUCUUCGUUUUGUUUUCUUUGUUUGGUUUUCUUUUUGUGUAGGUUAAUGUUUUUGUUUUUGUUUUGUUCUUUCUUUUUUUUUGUUCAGGUAACCUACGAUUUGUCCCUCAUUCAAGGAAAGCCGAAACGAGGCCAAGACUAUCUGAUGGUGCUAAAGGUAACUUUCUUUUUUACCUUCUUUUUUAAACUUAAUAAUUAUAAUGCGUUCAUUUUGCAAUCAGACUUGACAUUUUCUGAUGUUUUCAAUAAUCACCUGUUUAUGGCGAAGCUGUUACCAAACACCAAAAACACCAACUUUCUCUACAGACCAUGUUGAAACAUCAAAGAAUCAGCGGUUUGUCUCAUCCAAUUUGCUUCAUUGCUAUGAGUACCAAAUGGUAAGAUACACAUAUAUUAUUGCCAUUGUUUGAACAUUAUUAUUGUUAUUAUUAUUAUCAUUAUUAUUAUGUCGCAGUAUGAAACUUUGGAAUGCUGUCCACAUUAUGAGUAGUAUAGGGCGCAUAGCGUAACCUACACCACUUAAGAAGCUAUACUUAGAAGUAAAAAAGGUCGAUACGAAACCUAAUGCGAUCCUAAAAUACAUAGUGAUAUGAAUCUCUCUACGUAAAAAGCCAAUUUAGAAUAUUAUUAAAUUCUGAUACUCUGUAAAACAUACGCUAAGACAUGAUGAUAUGAUUAUCUCUAAUAGAGGCCUGUUUAGAAAAUUAUUCAGUUCUUACACUCUCAUUAUCUCUUAUACACCUAAACUAGGCCAUCAUAAUGUGAAUAUCUCUACUAAAAUCUCAUUUAUAAUAAAAUCAAACUCUAAUGUUCUAAAAAAUCUAANGUGGAUGACCAAAGUAAUGUUCUUAGUUAUUCUUUUACUUCCUUGCUACGGAGUCAGUAUCAGUAAAUUAUUGUAAAGUAACCGAGCCUUUAACUCUGCCGCUCUCAAGUCCUCAUAAAUCUUAACUUUUCUCUUCGUUUUGUUUUCUUUGUUUGGUUUUCUUUUUGUGUAGGUUAAUGUUUUUGUUUUUGUUUUGUUCUUUCUUUUUUUUUGUUCAGGUAACCUACGAUUUGUCCCUCAUUCAAGGAAAGCCGAAACGAGGCCAAGACUAUCUGAUGGUGCUAAAGGUAACUUUCUUUUUUACCUUCUUUUUUAAACUUAAUAAUUAUAAUGCGUUCAUUUUGCAAUCAGACUUGACAUUUUCUGAUGUUUUCAAUAAUCACCUGUUUAUGGCGAAGCUGUUACCAAACACCAAAAACACCAACUUUCUCUACAGACCAUGUUGAAACAUCAAAGAAUCAGCGGUUUGUCUCAUCCAAUUUGCUUCAUUGCUAUGAGUACCAAAUGGUAAGAUACACAUAUAUUAUUGCCAUUGUUUGAACAUUAUUAUUGUUAUUAUUAUUAUCAUUAUUAUUAUGUCGCAGUAUGAAACUUUGGAAUGCUGUCCACAUUAUGAGUAGUAUAGGGCGCAUAGCGUAACCUACACCACUUAAGAAGCUAUACUUAGAAGUAAAAAAGGUCGAUACGAAACCUAAUGCGAUCCUAAAAUACAUAGUGAUAUGAAUCUCUCUACGUAAAAAGCCAAUUUAGAAUAUUAUUAAAUUCUGAUACUCUGUAAAACAUACGCUAAGACAUGAUGAUAUGAUUAUCUCUAAUAGAGGCCUGUUUAGAAAAUUAUUCAGUUCUUACACUCUCAUUAUCUCUUAUACACCUAAACUAGGCCAUCAUAAUGUGAAUAUCUCUACUAAAAUCUCAUUUAUAAUAAAAUCAAACUCUAAUGUUCUAAAAAAUCUAAGUAAAAACAUCAGCAAGCUUGUGUUUCUAGAUUUCUAGAGAAAAAAUAAAAACCUAAAAACUGGAGUCCUUAGCGCCCUAACUAAGUAUUUAUUUUAAAUGUUCUGGCAAUGUUUAAAGUGUUUGAGAUGACCGACUCCUGCAUCCGCUCAAGUACGCUCCGUGCUCUCGCUCUAAGUAGCUUCCUCACCGACUUCUCUAGGUGUUUAGAGUAACCACCCAGUACGUCAAUUAUUACGUUGUACUGUUCAACCCUGUAACCAUUGUAUCUCUGCUUCAGCUCCCACAUCAUGGGCCCAUACUUGAGUGUCUUUUCCUCAUCUUUCUUAGCUCUACUCUCAAUCCAUGGGCAGCUCAUUUCAAUUGUGCAGACUUCUUUCCUCUCGUGGCUGACAAGUCGCGCGUCGAUCCGGUUUGCUCUAUCUUCGUUGUGCUUUGCAUAGAUGGGAAUAUCCCAAAACGCCUCACUCGUGGUGUUCUGGUAGGCUGGUUUUGGCAUCACCGGUGAGCACCAUGGUGGAACCUUUUCUAUUAACCCAUGCUCUCGCAGGAGCUCAAAAAACCGAAUCUUCAAAGCUGCAUUAUGCCUGUAUAGGUACUUGGUUUGUGCCAGGGAGGAACAUCCAGCCAAUACAUGUGCAACGCUCUCAGCUACCUUCCCACAUAACCUGCAUAGGACUUCGCAAUCGGUGGAGGUUUGCGUCUUCUCCUUUGUGUAGAGCUUCGUAGGUAACAACUGCUCAUACAAUUCAUACAUGCCCGCGAUGGUAUAUGUAGGGCAUGUGGCCCAGCCUUUUAACCAUGCAAAGCAGCUGGUUAUGCUUACGCUCUCAUCUUCCCAUCUGAUACGGAAUAACUUUCCUUGCCACUUUUUGUCUUUAGCGAUCUCCAAGAACUGCUUCUCUGGAGAUUGCUUCAACAGAUUCCCAGCUCUUGCUGCAGUUACCACCUUUCCUUCUGUUGUAACACACACGGGAUUUAGGGUAUCAAGCUGAAGUGUGAUGUUGAGUUCUUCAGCGUACUUAGCUGCUUCCUUUACGAGCGACUGGUGGCCUGAUGCCAUGGCGUGUUCUUCAAAUUCUCUAACUGCUNUCAUCUUCCCAUCUGAUACGGAAUAACUUUCCUUGCCACUUUUUGUCUUUAGCGAUCUCCAAGAACUGCUUCUCUGGAGAUUGCUUCAACAGAUUCCCAGCUCUUGCUGCAGUUACCACCUUUCCUUCUGUUGUAACACACACGGGAUUUAGGGUAUCAAGCUGAAGUGUGAUGUUGAGUUCUUCAGCGUACUUAGCUGCUUCCUUUACGAGCGACUGGUGGCCUGAUGCCAUGGCGUGUUCUUCAAAUUCUCUAACUGCUCCCACAGUCUGGUCCGAGUUCUGAUACAAUUUCAGUAGCGAUUUGAUUUUAGUGAUCUUGUACUCGUGUUCGACUCAGCGCAGGCCUCUACCACUUUUCUCCCUCGUUAGAUAUAACAAAGAAGUCAGGCUAGCUGGGUGCUUGCCACCGUUCUCAACUAUUAUUAUUAUUAUUAUUAUUAUUAUUAUUAUUAUUAUUAUUAUUAUUAUUAUUAUUAACAUCAUCAUUAUUAUUAUUGUUAGUAGUAGUAGUAGUAGUAGUAGUAAUACUACAAAUAAUAAUACCACUAAUAAUUAAUAAAUUUAAACGAUAUAUUAAUAAAAAAGAUACAUGUAAAGUGCUCUGUUGCUGUUAUUUAUCUAAUUAAAUUUCUUUCACGGCAAGCUUUUCAUCUGUCCUUUCAGUUCGUUGCUUUUAGUUGAGGAGGAUAAAUUCUCUUACUUGCCACCCACAUACAACGGGAGUUUAAGCUAAAACCAGCUGUUUGAAACAGGAGUCUUUCGUUAGCAUGUUUUACCUCCCUACCUCUUUCAGGAAAUUUUUUGGAUGGAAAACCAUAACCAUCAACAUGAUUUUGUAUCUCCUAUUUGUGAUUCCGCUGACUGUUCUUGCCGUCAUGGAGCGCGCUAAUGAAAAACGUUUGUGCAACAUAAAUGAAUCUUGGACAAGAAAGGUAAUUUUAGAUAUUAGGUGUCGUUAUCUGUCUCAAUGUCAGUCCGGGAGAUGACAAGUGCGUGAUUUAAUUUACUAAGAAUUGUUCUAUGCAAUUCCCUGUUUUAUAAAGAAACAAUUAUGUUAUGUAUUAUGGGUUUGGAAAACUAGUCAAUUAUUGCGUUCGACGAAGGAGAACGCAUACUAAUCCAGUCCCGCAGGUUAUCCCGAUAUCUCGUUCGGAAUGCCAUGCGAUUUCACGGUUUGGAUUCCAUCUUAGACUGGCUGGCGCAUUUGGCCUCGAUCUCAUGUGAUCAUACUCUCUGCCAAGGGGAUGGCUCUGUUUAAAAUUAUUUGAGAGAUUAAAGCUUAUUUUCCCUAUGCAGUUACUUGAGAGGCGAAAGUUUGUCAUUCACUAAAAUUACUUGAGAGGUGAAAGCUUAUAUUUGUCCCAUCAGUGAAGUAAAAUGUUUGACCUGUUGUUUAUAUUCAAUUUAAUGUAUAUUUAAAUGUCACUUGAGAGGAAACACUUAUUUGCUGUCGAUGUCCAUUUCACUGGUAUCUUAGAACUUGCAGAUAAGAUAAUAUUUCACUUUAAGCUGAUAAUUAUUAUAAAAAUUUUCGAACGUACUCACUAAUCUAAGAUCACUUCUACUCUAAAAGUCUAAAGUUAACGGUGGAAUGGCAAAAUGGUGGUUUGAAACAAUUUUUUACUGAAAUGCUUAUUCUAUGGAAGUGUUAACAGAAGGUGGUGUUCAAAGCUGUGAAUAAAUUGGCACCAACUUGUUUUAUCGUUACUUACAGGACUAUAUUAACUUGGACGUCCCGUGCAGACAAUCUGACAAGGUAUUACAUUGCGAAUACAUCUCGACCUACAUCAUUUCCAAUACUCACCACUUAUAAUUGUGGAAAGUGCGAUUCCCUUAAGUAGAUCAAGUGGUGUGAGUUGUAAAAGAAUGUUUACAGUUAUUGAUUUUUGUUUUGUUGUUUUUCAUUUUAUGCGGAAGGCGCUGAUUAGAACAACUAUAAGAGUGGAGCGAAGCAAAACAACUUUGAACACAAAUUUAUUUUUUAAUAACCCAGCAUGAACUGAUAAUUUUCAAAGGACUUUCAUUGUCUUGUAACCUGUGACUGGCAUGUCCAUGUUUAGUUAAGUGAAAGAAUAGGCAUAUAACAAUUUUCAUCUUGGUUUUCUUAUUUGGACUGUUUCAUUCUUUUCAAUUACAGGUGACCCAGUUUCUUCAGUAUUUCGUAGCUAUAAUCACGAUGGUUCACGCAAUGAAGAAACUUUUUCAGUUGAAAAUGCAGGUUGGUACACUAAUAAGGCGACAUUAUUGCCUGAUGUUGGCAAAUGAAGCGGCAUGUAGCAGCUCUCCUAACCGUAAAAGCCAAUUGGUUCGAUACCCUUACCGUGAAACAAUAAGAAAUAAUGAUAAACAAUGAUGUGUUAUUGUUUUCUGCGACCAAUAAGGAAACACCUUACUAGCAGCUCCUACAUUACUGAAUGGAGCGGCACCAAAGCAACAGUUACUAAAAACAAACAUUGCAAUUUAAAAAACAAAAGUAUCUGUAAAUAUAUCAAGACGAUGAGUCUCCGAUCCACGGAAUUGUUUUCAGGAAAGUCUAUGAGGUGGUAAGGAUGAUAAAAACUUAGAAAUAUUUUGAAUAAAUAUGACAAAAAAAACACAAUUAUCGAAUCAGUCUUUCGUGUGGUAUGAAUAAUUCAGUAAAUCUCGUGGGGAUCCACCGAGGCCGUUGAUACUCUCCCAGUGAUCUGCUUAAUCCUUCGUACACUCAGCUUCAUUCAAUAAAUGUUCACCAUCACUUUUAUUUUCCAACGCCAUCUGCAGGAAAUUAGUCUCCCUCGCAACCGUUUUUGUCUCGUCACUCAGCGCUCGUCGAGCAGUGUUUCGUGACGAGACAAAAAGGGCUCUGUGGGAGACUAGCAUGAAACGACGUGCUAACUUUCCUCACAACCUUUCCUUUUUAUAUGUUCACCGGUUUCAGAAAAAAAGAUAUCUCGUCUUCUUUUCUCACUACCUGGAAUGGAUUGCCUACGUGUCUGCCCUUGCUUACAUUUUCCCGGCGUGUGAUUGUAAACUAGGAUACAAGCAGGAAGUGGGUGCAAUCGCUUUGUUCUUUGGUUGG